CCGCUUGCGAUCGCGCACCGGGGCUACUGUGCUGUAGCCCCAGAGAACUCACUGCUGGCGUUCCGCAAGGCCGUGGAGGUCGGUGCCCAUGCGAUCGAGACCGACCUGCACCUGUCAAAGGACGGCGUCGUAGUUCUCACCCACGACGCCUCUUUGAAGCGGACCUUUGGGCUCGACUCCAACGUGGCGGACCAUGACUGGAGCGUCCUGAGCACCCUGCGGUCUAUCAAGGAGCCGCACGAGCCCAUGAUCCGGCUGGUCGACCUGCUAGAGUACCUCACCACGCCCGGUCUGGAGCACAUCUGGAUCAUGCUCGACAUCAAGCGCGAUGAUGACGCGGAGGACCUUAUGCGCAGGACGGCCGCUGCGAUCGCCUCGGUCCCGUCCAAGCAUGGGUGGAGCGACCGCAUCCUGCUCUGCUGCUGGACAGCAGUCUACAUCCGACUGUCCCGCAAGUACUUGCCGGCCUUCCCGCUGGCAAACGUCACGUGGUCGCCCUUUUAUGCCGGGGCCGUCGCGGAGGCCGUGCCGGACGCGGCGCUGAGCGUCCACCGCCUGGCCCUCUACAGCCCCUUUGGCCAGCUGCUCAUGCGCCGCGUGCGCCGCUCGGGGAACCACCCGCUGUACAGCUGGACGAUCAACGAGGAGAGCUGGAUGGAGUGGGCGAUCCGCAGGCGGCUCGACGGCAUCAUCACCGACGAUCCGAAGCUCUACCUCGAGGUCUGCAAGCGGUAUCGGCGAGAGAGCGGGCUCCAGCGCGCGCGCCGGCGCUGGAGCCUGCACAACACCCGCCAGGCACUGCACGCGUGGUUCGAGGUGCUGUACUUCAUCUGGGCGUUCUUCGUGGGCGGGCUCGUCGCCUUCAAGAAGGCUUUCAACCCUCGACUGGUCUCGGGGGAGCUGGGUGGCGACAGCUAG